UAAAAUUGGACAAUGUAGGAGGAUCCUUCCUUAAAAUGAUCCACCCUCCCCUUCAUUCAAGGACUCUGAGUCAGUGAACCUGUUCUCAUAUGGAGACUGACAAAGGGAAUGCAAUGUCCUGAUGUGGUGAUCCAAAUCAGACCUCUUUUCACAAAGUCUAGAGAUGUUAUGCUUAAACAAAUCAAGUAAGGCUUCAGUAGUAUUGCCCGUCUGUUUUAGCCUUAGGGACUCCAUAAUCAAUUAGCCAAAAUCUUUGCAGGUCAAACCAGUCCCCUUACGUCUUUGAUUCUGCUGCCCUUUAUGGUAACCAUUCCCAUAUGGUCUUUGAUAGUGAAAUGCAGUACUUUUUUCCUGUCCUUGUGGAAUUCCACCAUCCUCAUUAAAUUUAAGAAGCCCAGUUCUGCAGCAGCAUUUCCUUAUUCCAGACUUUCAGAGAAACACCCCUGAGAAGUUCUUUAAGGAUUCCAAGGUAGCCUUUGCUGAUGUGAAGGGAGUUCGAAGUCUUGGUGAAGGGAAAACCCUCUGGAGCCUCUCAGGGGACCUAUUUAACAGAAGAAGAGGAACAUGGAUCUCUCCGUUUUGCCAAACAACAACCAUCCUGACAAAUUCCUGCAGCUCGAUGUGAAGUCUUUCAUGAGGAGCUCAGCUCUUCUUCAAGCCAGCCUGGCGAGGUUUCCAGGGGGGAAUUACCCUGCUGCACAGCACUGGCAAAACCUCGUGUACUCACAGAGAGAAAAGAAGACCAUUCCUGCUCAGCGAAUGAGGAGAUCCGGGCCAGAGGGCAUUGCUGCUGUGGACUAUCCCCCACCAUCCUUGUCUUCAGUUCUGAAGAAUAACCCACUCUAUGGUGACCUAAGUUUGGAGGAAGCCAUGGAAGAAAGAAAAAAGCAUCCAUCGUGGACGGUUGAGGAAUAUGACAGGCAUUCCCUGCACACAAACCUUUCUGGGCAUCUGAAGGAAAAUCCUAAUGACCUGCGGUUUUGGUUGGGAGACAUGUACACACCUGGUUUUGAUACCUUAUUGAAAAAGGAAGAGGAACAAGAAAAGCAUUCAAAAUACUGUCGUAUAGGUCUGAUUUUGCUCCUUGUUGCCUGCAUCUUGGUUUUCAUAGUGACUGUUUGCACAUUUUCCACCUAAAGAAAACU